AUGUACAGUAAUCCUAACUCGUAUGACACAGUGGCUAAUCCUAACUCGUAUGACACAGUGGCUAAUCCUAACUCGUAUGGCACAGUGGCUAAUCCUAACUCGUAUGGCACAGUGGCUAAUCCUAACUCGUAUGACACAGUGGCUAAUCCUAACUCGUAUGACACAGUGGCUAAUCCUAACUCGUAUGGCACAGUGGCUAAUCCUAACUCGUAUGGCACAGUGGCUAAUCCUAACUCGUAUGACACAGUGGCUAAUCCUAACUCGUAUGGCACAGUGGCUAAUCCUAACUCGUAUGGCACAGUGGCUAAUCCUAACUCGUAUGGCACAGUGGCUAAUCCUAACUCGUAUGACACAGUGGCUAAUCCUAACUCGUAUGGCACAGUGGCUAACACGAAAUAA